AGCAAGUUGUGGGAAAGGGCUUUUGAAAAUCUCAAAGAUUCGGGAAAGCAUAAAGACAUCAUUGCAAUUAUCAAGGAUCAUUUAGUAGACACCAAGCCCCCCUCUUCUGAUGGCAGAAUGGACCCCAACUCUACCACCUCUGCCAGCAAGAUCGAUGUCAAAACUACCGAACUUGAUUCCGAGAUCGAUGCCGGCGAAUGCUUUAGAGAGGCCAAAGAUGAGAUCUCGCAAGAGGGCGAACAUCUGGAAAGUACCACAAGAGAAUUUGUCCAGAAAACGGUCUCCGUGCUGAAUAUGACCUUAUCGAUUGGUGAUGUGGCGGUGAGCUUUGAUCCGGUUCACGCUGCUCUCCCAUGGGCCGCGAUUCGCACUGUGCUGCUCCUCAUAACUGCUUAUGGAAAUUUAAAGGCCCAGAUGCUCAGCGCGAUUUCGAGAAUCUCGUCGCUAGUCUUCUACUGCGAAUCAUACUACACUUUAUAUCUCGCCAGCGAUACCAGCCUUUCCAACCAUGAGAGCGCCCUAAAUGAGCUGGAAGCGUCUAUUACCGAGGUGUAUAGCCAAUCGCUGCUGUGUCUGGGCUUCAUCUUUCAACACGGUCGCAGCUGGAAUAAUGCCAUCACUGCUCCUUUCAAACUUGGAGACAUGGAUAAAUACACUCAAGGUCUUGUUGAGAGCGGGAACAAGCUCGAACACGCUGCUAGCUACUGUGACAAACAUGGAAAUCACGAAUCUCGUCUCAUGAUCGUAAAGCUGCACGAGCUCGCGAAGGAUUUCCUUCAGCUCAGGCUCGAUGACGCAGAGCGGCUAAAGGCUGUACAGUAUAAUAAGUACGCCCUUGAAAGGCUGGGGAUCGCAAACGGCGUUUCGUUCGAGUGUUUAGAUCCAGAGGAAUGCCAUGAGUGCCAUCGUGGGACUCGAGUCGCUCUCCUUAAAGACAUAUAUUGCCGUGACAUAUAUGCAUGGGUCGACGAUGCAGACUCGUCACCCGUGUUUUGGCUGCAGGGCAAAGCUGGGACGGGCAAAUCUACCAUAUCUCAGACAGUAGCGACACAGUACGAUUCUUUGAGGGCCCUUGGCGCGAGCUUCUUUAUCAAGAGGGGUGCAGGCCUCCGAGACAAAGCAGCACGGAUCUUCUCAACGAUUGCGCAUCAGCUGGCUCAUCGCUUGCCUCUCUUUUCGAAGUAUUUGGUCGACGCAAUUGAAGAGAUCUCUGACAUUCCCCACGAGAACAUAAAGACGCAGUUUGAGACUUUUAUUCUAGUCAGGCUCGUUAUCGCUCAAUUGCCGCGCCUGAAUGAAAUAUCUUGGGUUCGUGUCAAAUGCUUCGUCACAAGCCGACCGGAAAUCCCGAUACUGGUAGAAUUUCACAAGAUCACUAGUUCCUACAGACCUCUUGUUCUCCAGGACAUUAGCGAAGAUGUCGUGAAGGCCGACAUAUCUGUAUACCUUCAAUCGAGCCUUUCUAAAAUCAGGGACGAAUACAAUCUAUUUAAUACACUUUGCCCUCUUGAAUCCAACUGGCCCGGACAGACAGACCUUGACAUACUUGUUGAGAUGUCCUUUCCGCUCUUCAUCUUCGCAAAAACUGUUUGCCGAUUUGUUAAAGACUACGAGCUGGGAGGCUACCCCGAAGUACAGAGGAAGAAGGUUUUUGACUAUCGGGAAUUUCGAAGCAGAGGACAGCAUUUUCAUCUCCACGCGACAUAUCUUCCAAUACUAGAACGAAUACUUCCAGAUCCCUUACAAAAGGAAGACGGCGGUCACUUUGAAGAGAACAGAAGCAACAUACUCGAGGAAUUCCGCGACAUUGUGGGCGCAAUCAUUAAUCUCGCCGACCCUCUUCCGGUAGCUUCAUUGGCUCGAUUGAUUAACAAGGAAACGCGCGGCGUUUUGAACAUGCUUAAUACCCUUCAGUCUGUUCUGAAUGUCCCCACCGACCCCGAAACCCCUGUCAAGUUAUUUCACCUGUCCUUCCGAGACUUCCUGGUCAAUCGGGAGGAAAAUCCUUUCUACAUUUAUGAAGUGAAAACCCAUGAAAAUUUGGUGGAUGGUUGUCUUCUCCUGCUUUCGAAGCACCUACACAGAAACAUGGUAGGCUUGAAAGAGCCCGGAAAACUCCGGAUCGACAUAGACCAAGGAAAGGUGAGAGAAUUAUUGGCCUCAGAUAUUCGGUACGCGUGCCUCUAUUGGGUCUCCCAUUUGACAAAGAGCGAGAGGCGCAUCCGAGAUGGCGAUAUGGUGCACAUUUUCCUCAGUGAACAUUUCCUGUAUUGGCUCGAAGCGCUUAGCCUGCUAGGCAGCACAUCCGACAGCAUCGGUCUGAUUGACACACUUCGAAAUCUUGUAGAGGACGGCAGCAACAGCGUUGAGCUAUCUGGCUUCCUUUAUGACGCAUGGCGCUUCGUUCUUCAAAACCGCUGGAUUAUUAAUCAUGCACCGCUUCAGCUUUACUUUUGUGCCAUUUUUGCCCCGGAGAGCAGUAUCAUUAAAGCCAAGGCUCGAGAUGCAUAUGAAGAACGGCCAGUACCACCAGAAAUGCCGAAGAAAUGGAGCCCUGAGUUGUUGAGAAUCACGAAUCUUCCGCGUUACGUUCGCGCAGUAGCUUUCUGUGGCGAUGGGAAGUCUCUAGCAGCUUGUAUACAAAAGACAAUAAGACUGUGGAAUAUUGCAACAGGUGAUGAGAUUCAAAUUUUAGAAGGGCACGAGGACAUAAUCAUUGACAUUGCGUUUUCUCCUCUAGAACCAUUCGCGGUUUUGGCCUCGGGUUCACACGACUAUACGGUGAGACUAUGGAACACAAAUGCUGGAGAGCAAAUCUGGGUUGCAACGCAGCAUACCGACGUGGUCAAUUCAAUCUCAUUCUCUGCAAACGGACAGCUGAUAGGGUCAGGGAGCAGCGACAAAACCACACGGAUUUGGGACGCGAAGACAGGACGACAGAUCCAGGCAAAACGGCAGCGUGCUGGCGUCGAUGUUGUUGCUUUCGCUCGCACUGGACCCUCAAUUGCAUCUUUGUCCUCCUCCGGUGGUAUUAUUGUCAUAAUCUGGAAUGCAAUCACAGGGGAGCAGCUUCGCGAGCUGGAAUUGCCUUCCCCGUAUAUCAAUUGCAUGGCUUUCUCAAUAGAUGGCCGGCUUCUAGCAUCAGGUCCCCAAGGAGGAAAUGCUAUAAUCCGACUCUGGAACGUGGAUACAGGACAACAGGUACAAGCGUCUUAUGUGCACGACGGGAGGGUUGAAGGGUUCCGGUUUUCUCCAAGUAACCACAACAUACUUGCUUUGGCAUCCAGCAAAGGGGUCACACUGUGGGAUAUAGCCACAGGAACAGAAAUUCGGAGAUAUGAAGAGAAUGAACACGGCUUCGAAGCGAUAGCAUUCUCUCCUAAUGGCCAACUAUUAGCGGUAGUAACAUACUCCACAGUUCGUGUGUGGGCUACAACAACAGAAGACAUCCAAAAACUCGACAGUCAUAAUAAAAGACUUAACUGUCUCAAGGUUUCUCCAAACCAACAGCUGCUCGCCACGGCUACCAGCGAUAAUGUCAAACUAUGGGAAGUGCGAACCCGGAAGCAAAUCCAAACUCUCAAUUUCGACAGAGAUGUCGCAGAUUUUUCAUUCUCACCCGACAGCCAGAGCCUGGGUGUUGAGAUUUCCGACUAUAUCCUGAGGGUAUGGAACGUGGAGACAGGGGAGGUUGCCCACCGAUUCAAUCUCAACUCCUCCGUGUCAGCCACUGCUUUCUCCAGUGAUGGACGAAAAUUGAAUACUGUGGUACGGCAGGCUGUACUCGUCAAAAAUCAUGUUGUUUUGGCGGUUUUGAGGUUUAGGUUAUAUGGCAAAGGCCGUGGCCUUUUAUACGUGACUUGCGGAAAUUAUAUAAGAAAGCUGGUUUUUCUAUAG